CUCCAUCUCCUCCGCAUCCUAUUCCAUCCACCAGUGCCAUUCAAUCGCGGCCGCGAUGACGGUAUCAGAUGCCUCCGGGGCAACCAUCCCUCUCUAUCGUUCUGUAAAACCUGUCCCGUUCGAGCUGGCCCAACAUGCAGCCAUCUUCUUCGAAGAGAGACUCUAUACCCAAGCCCUCGAAUUCCUACUAAACAUUCUCACCUCUGGCACGGUUGCCUCCUCCCCAGCGUUUACUCCACCCGUUCAACAGCUCGCCGUGGCAGCAACCCUCCUCGUGCACCCUUCCACCACGACCCGCGCAAAAACCACCGAAGAGGAAGAAGCGCCUCAGGCCGCUUUACGCCUUCUUCGAUUGACCAACACCCUUGUCGGACCCAUAUCUUCCAAACUCGGUGUCGCCUUUACCUUCAACCACUUCGAGACUUCCCGCCAUACAAGACGACGUCCCGCAGAAGAGGUCCCCGCCCCGGUGGGCUUGGCCCUGGACGAUACAAAGCCUUUGAACCUAGACCUCAGUCAGUCACAGUCCAUCUGGUCUAGUGCAGAAGACUUUUGGCAUGCAGUUGGCUGGGCGUUCAAUUGUUCAGUCCUGCAUCGCAAUCGUUGGGCUCGAUGGCAGGUCUGGCUUGAACUCAUGUGUGAUGUUUUGGAGAGUGAUUGGAACGAACGAUUACGCCAACAGAAGGAAGCCAAACCCAGCGACACUACCGCCCCCGCGUCAACGCCCAUGGCAUCCCCAACGAAGGCAAGAAGCAAGAAAAACCACAAAGGCAAAGGUCAAGACGAGGACCCCUCCCGCCAAAUCCUCAAAGACAGCUUGAUCUUCCGCUACAUCAGCGGGGCCAGCGCCACGUACGGUCGAAACCGGCGCAUUGUCCGGUCCAUCUUCGCAGAUGGCGGUUCAACUUCCCGGAACGAAUUCCGCGAAGUCUUCCACAACGAACUCAAACAUGCAAAGACCGACAGCUCCAACAGCAAAAAGCGCAGCGCGCAGGUCAACAUCGACGAAGACGAGUUCGGCGACUACCUAACAGACGAUGAUGAGAUUGAAGAGGGAAACGAGGGCAUUGAGGAAGAGGACAGCUACGCGAUCGAACACACCGACUUAGACCUCAGCACCACAGGCUCCUUAAAGCGUCGCCAACCCAAACGGCCACGACGGGCCCCUCGCGCCAAACCCAAAGGCAAACCAUUAGCCCUAGGCCCCGGUAUCAACACGCCCCCGGGCCCAUACGGUGGCUCUGCCCCAAGCAAUCGCAUCAUCGUGCCCAUCGAAGAAGUCCCCACCAAACACAUCCCCUACAUCCACGGCGACGUCGGCUUCUUCGGGGGCAUGCGUUCCCUCGCUCUCCGCCAACGUCUCCUGUAUCUUCUCUCCACUGUCUCCGAAUCCCUCCCCGACGACUUCACCUCCCUCGAAGACCUCUACCACCUCUUCGCCGAAAACAUCCGUCACCUCCCCCUCCCCGUCUUCCAAGCCUUCAUCAGCCCCUCCACCCUCCCCUACUUCUCCCCCGCCGCCAAAACCACCCUCUGCGAAUUCCUCCUCUUCCGGAUGCGCGAGACCGCCGCCCCCGACACAGACGAGGAGUAUCUCAACCAAGACAAAUUGGAACGAUGCUUCCUGCCCUACAUGGCCAGCACGACCAGUCUGGCCGACAACGCCAAGAUCUCCAUCACUCUCGAGUCACUGAUCAUUCUGCUCGCUGAUAGCAAUAUGCUGCGUGUCACGCCAGAAUUACGCGACGCCGUCGCGCGGGGAACUCAGCGACGUGUUCUCCGAGCACGCGGAGACGCGCGAAAGAGUGGCCAGGAGGCGCAACAGUGGGCAGAUGAUCUCGAGAUGACGUGGUUGCUUGAGAGCGGGGAGCGCUUGGUGCUUCUUGUGCACGGGAUUCUCCCUAAAACGGAGGUCAAGUCUGAGUAACAUGUUACUAUCUGUUGAUGAUUGAUUGAUUGAUUGAUUGAUUACUUCUACAUGCGUGCGGGAUAAUGGGAGCGGGUAAAAGCGUGCUUUUGAUUUAUUCGUCGAGUCAUUGAUUGAUUGACCUAUUCCUGUCUGACACUUAUUGUUUGACCAAUCAAGAGAACGUCCUUGAAAAACUACUACUAAUGCAUAG